AUGAAAUCAUAUAUAAUAGAUAAAGACUUAGGAUAGGGAACAUUUAGCAAGGUAAAAUUAGGUAUACAUAAAUUGACAGGUGAGAAGGUAUAGAGAGGGUUAUUAUUUUAACUUAGGUUGCUAUAAAGAUAAUCGACAAAACUAAAUAACAAGAAUCAGAUUAUGUAAGGAUUCAUAGAGAGAUUUAAAUAUUAAGAAAAUUAAGACAUCCAAAUGUUGUUCAAUUAUUUGAAGUAAGCCAUUUGCAUAUUAGAUUGUCGAAAGUGAUACUAAAUUAUACAUUAUUACAGAGUAUGCUAGUGGUGGAGAACUAUUCGAUCAUAUAGUACAGAAUAAACGUCUUGAAGAGAGAGAAGCUGCUAAACUCUUCAUUUAACUCAUAAACGCAGUUACUUAUAUCCAUCAACAUCAAGUUGUUCAUAGAGAUUUAAAACCAGAAAAUGUACUCCUUAACGAAGGUAUAUUAAAAGUCGUUGAUUUUGGAUUAUCAUCAACAUAUUAAUCUGGAUAGAAAUUAAAAACACCUUGUGGCAGUCCAUGUUAUGCUGCACCUGAAAUGUUAUAAGGACUUUCUUACGAUGGUCUAUUUACAGACAUUUGGUCCAGUGGAAUAAUAUUAUAUGCAAUGAUUUGUGGGUAAUAAUACUAUUUCAUUUUUAUAGAUGUGUACCAUUUGAAGAUCAAAAUACCAAAAAAUUAUAUGAAAAGAUUAAAAACUCAGAUUAUCAUUUACCUAAACAUGUUAGUUUAUAAGCAGCUGAUUUACUUAAAAAAUUAUUAAUGAAAGAUCCUGCAUAACGUAUUACAUUAUAAGAAAUUAAAAAUCAUGAUUUCAUCAAAUUUGCUGGUAAAUAUUCCAUUCCAUAAUCUCUUAAAAUUGAUAAUGAUAUUAUAUAAUAAAUGGUUCAAUUUGGAUUGUCUACUUAAAAUGAAAUAAUAGAAAUGAUUCAAAAUAAUAAACAUAAUCAAAUCACUACCACUUAUUAUCUAUUAUAAAAUAGAAACUCUUAAUUCCAAUCCCAAACCUCAUCAUAAAUUUUUAAUUAAUAAUAAUAAAUCAUUUCUCAAGUCCAACAACACAAUUAAAUUAAUGAAAAUACUUCCUACAUUUUAAAAAUCAAACUUAAAAGCAAAUCUCCUUAUCAAUAAUAAUAGGAAAAAUAAAAUAACGAUGUUACCCCAGGAUAAAUUACAUAAUCUCCAAGAAAAAAUCAUUUAGAAAAUUAAAACAAUAUUUCAAUCACUAAAAAAAUGUAUAACUUUUUUAUUUAUUUAUUUAUUUUCCCCCUAGACGAACCAAAACCAGAUCCUAAGAACCUAUUCAAAAAAGAGAACCUUCUCUUAGUAAUUAAUAACCACUUACAAAAUAAACAAGAUAAGUUCAUAUUGGAGAGUUCUUCAAAAAGAUUGAAAAUGAAUAAUUUCCUAAUCAAAGAUAAAAUAUUAUACCUCAAGGAUAUAAUAAAUUUAUUAUCACAGAACGUGUUAGUAUGUAAAACAAUACAUCCAUUCAUAAAAUACCUUCAAGAUAAGGAAGAUUAUCUUUUAAAAUGGAACAAAAACCUUUGUAAACCUAACCAAAUGAAAAUAAUAAAGAAAUUAAAAAUUAAAAAUCUACUUCUAAUACUAAAAACCCAACUGAACUUAGCUCUAAUCAAAAAUUAUUACAAAUGGAUUCCAUUGCUACAUAAAUUUAAAAUAAUAUUCAGAAUAGAUUUCUAAUUUAUAAAAAGAAAAUUAAACAAUGA